GUAAGAAUAUCAUAUUACACGUGAUAUUUGACUGCUAGACGAGGCUAUUUUUAAUAUAUAAGUUUCACGCGCAUCUUCACGGUGCCGCGCGCAUUGUUUAGGCGCCGAAACCGCAAUUACCAUCAGUCCGCCAGCUAGUGACAGAUAAUAUCGCGUGUACCCGUGUACUGUUAAGGUCGUGGCAAGACAAUAAUGUGAACAUAAGUUAAUAACUAUUUUCAGCAAGCGAUAGUCCUUCUGUUUUUGAGUGUGUUGCUGCUGUUUGUGUUAAGCGCCCUUAGCUGUAACUUUUACUCAAACAAAGUUAAGGUUAUGUACAUAAUAUUUACCGAAUGAACUCUGCAAGUUUUUAUUAAACCUUUACAAACGUAUUUUCAUUAUAGUUUGUGGAAGAAGUGCAGUGAGCAUCCCCCAAAACCAAGAUGACUCAAAUGUUAAUUUAGGCUGUAACCUAUUUUUCUCCAUUUCUUUUAUUUUCUAAUUCCAUUUCUAAUUCAUUAGCAUAUACAUCUAGCCUUACACUAUCUCUUGAGCUAAUAUUUUUGAAUAACAAGUUAACGUUAGCCACCCUCUAAAGUGGAACAACAUGGUUUCUGUGUUGUCAGAUAAAUUCAUUUAAAUGUUUAUAAAGAGCGGAAGCAGACACAUUCUAUGUGAUUUCAUAAUAUCAAAGCAUAAAGCAGAUAAUACCCCACCUGUAUUUUGAAAUCUGAUAAUAUUGUUAUUUGCACUCUUGUUCUAGAUCAAUUAUUUUAGGCAGUCAGCAGUGAAUGUAUGGACACUGAAGACUUUGAUCUUUUUUGCAAAGUGAGUUGUAAUGGUAUCUAUAUUACCCAGUCGUUGCCAAUUAUUUUUGCUUGUCUUAAAGAGCCUGGAAGUGUGAGUGGAUGGUAUGGAUGGAAAAUGAGCCUGAAAUUUAAAAUGGGGGAUUAUCGUGGCAAGCUGUCAAGAUCUGGAUGUUUGGAGGUGUCUGUCAACGCAGGUAAAAGGAGCAAAAAUUACCCUGACAAAGAGCAUCCACACUCCAACAUAAAAAGAGCCAGACGAGCUGAAGUGAACUUCCUUCCAAACUUGCCCAAGGAAGAAAGUCAGGCCAGUUUGGAAGAAAUGAGACUGCAGAUUAUGGACGAAGUUCAGAAGAGUCAGCAAAACCUACGCUUGAUAGAAAAGCUAAUGCAAAAGACCUUUGCCAUUCGUCGCCUGGAGAUAAUUCAGGAAAACCCACAGGUGAAGGACUUCUUGGGGAAAUGGCCGGCUUUACGGAUUGAAUCACAGCUUUGUGCUGAGUUCCAACGCAUCACAAACGUCAACCUACGGAACCAGUUCUAUGCUGUGCUUGACCAACAUACACCUAGACUGAUGGCUUUGUAUAGACAGAAGGCGGCACGAACCGGAAAGAUAUCAGAGGCGCUGCGUGACAUCUUAAAGAUUUAUGAACUCCAGGAAGUGCACGAUGUCAAUAUGAAGCGUACUUUAGCCCUUCGUGCCCUCCCGGUAUACCUGCGUGAGGAGGACCCACAGUUCUUCAAAACCUGGAAUGUGGAGGAGUCAGAUGAGCCAGGCAUCAUUGACACUCCUGUUGCUCUCGUCACAGCAGUCACAGAGGACACUGCAGAUCCAGUUAAUUUCAGUCCUGCAAGUAUUUGUAUUGUUGUGGAAGACGAUGUUACGAUGAGUGAUAUUCCUAACUUGGCUGAUGCAUUUGCAUUGUUGAUUGGGUUGAUGUAUGCAUUGCAUUUGGACUAUCCCAAGAAACUCAUUAACACUUUUACUUUUAUCCAGAAAAUCAUAAUGGGUCUUGAUGAUGGUAAAGCACUUAAACCCCGCCUACUGAGUCUCAAAAAUGACCUGUUAAUGGAAUAGUAGGAUAACUUAACAGUUGUGUUUACAAAAAAAUACACAUUUCUUUUUUUAUAUUUUGUUUUUUUAGGUUUUUACAAAAAGGAUAGAUUUGAUGUCCUGAUUUUGUGUUUUGAUAAAUUUAUUUAUUUAUUUACUUUUUAUUUGAUUGAUGGUCAUGGCUGUUAAUAAUGCUGCUUUAAUAAAGUUUUAUUUUAAGAUG